UGGAACUAAGAAACAAUUUGAAAAGCAAUUAUAUAUGACGCAACUCGUUAUCAAAAACAAUGGACAGUAAUUUUUUAAUGGAGGAUCCAAACGCAAAUUGAGCUGGGAAUUUGCUCGCGAUUCAAGAGCUUUUUUAGCCCUUCCACGUUUCUAUUAUUUGUUUCUCGUUUUGUCCCGAACGUUAGCAGGAAGGAGGUUGUUCCCAAAACGUGGACGCAAUGGAUUCCAAUCGAUGGACGAGAGCAAUAUCGUCAAAGGGCACGCGCGUUGAGGUUGCAUUUAUUAUGCAAAUUUUUGUCACGGUAGAAAUCGUUUGGCUGGGUUUGGGGGCGUUUUGGUUUAGCGGCGCUGCUUGGCAUUCUUCAACGACACUAUUGGAUCAUCGUUAAUGAUAAGGUUAAAGCGUUAUGAUACAUUUAUGUCGACACGCGGCGUGUAUUUUAUCAAAAUACAACGGACCAAGUGGCGUGGACGCAAUGUUGGUACGACAUAAAAACAGUGGGGAACACCCGACCGCCGGUAUAAUCGUGGUCGGGGACGAAAUUGUGAAGGCACAAGUGAAAGAUACUAAUUCUUCCUAUGCGUGCAGCUUGCUGUACAAGUAUGGAGUCAAAGUUCAGAAAAUUUCAGUCAUACGAGAUGACAUCGAAAACAUUGCAAAGGAAAUCAAAGACUUCUCCCAAAAGUUUAACUACGUUUUCACAACCGGUGGUAUAGGACCAACUCACGACGAUGUCACGUACGAAGCUGUGGCAUUGGCUUUUCACGAUACGUUGCACUAUCAUCCGACAUUGAUGGAUAUUGUGAAGAAUCGUUUUGGUUGCAAAAAUUUUCCCUCGCCUAGUUAUAAAAUGGCGUAUGUACCGACCAAGUCCGUGCUUAAGUUCGGAAUAAACGAGACAACGGGGCAAGCGUUCCCGUAUCCGUGCAUAGUAAUGGAAAACGUUUUCGUAUUUCCCGGAUCGCCCAGGUUUUUCGAAUCCAACUUUCAGGCUUUGUGCAAGGAGUUUUUCGCUGGAUACAGGGGCUUCACGACAACGGAAGUUUACGUGAACGCAAACGAGGAAUCGUUUGCAAAUAUUUUAACCGCAGUCGUGCGGGAAUGUCCGAACGUUUCGUUCGGUUCGUAUCCGGAACACAGCAGAUAUUACAAAGCUCGCGUCACUAUAGAAAGCGAGAACGAGAAAGACGUCGAGGUAGCGAAAAAAAUGUUUUGCGAACGUGUCCCGUCCGAUGUGUUGGUGAAUUACGAUCGCGCGCCUCACACCGAUUGUCUUGCGAAGUACGAGAAAUUGCUUCAGCAGCCUCGAACUCGAGCUAUUUACAAGAGUUCCUUCGAGAAAUUUGUAAAUUAUUAUCAGAAUCCCGACGAAGUCUGGAUAUAUCUGGACGGCAGCGAGGAAUCUGUUAUUAUGGUGCACCUUGCACGGGUCGCCCAUAAUAAACUAAGACAGAGUUCCAAGUCGAAAUUGCAUGCGUUCUACUUUAAGUUCGAUCAUUUAGAACCGGUUGUGAACGAAUUUUUUCGAGAUAUUAGCUACAAGUACGACGUCGAAUUGUGUAGCCUACGAUGCGACGAGAUCGACGUACGUCGAUUGAUCGCGUCGCGGUCGGAAUUAAAAAUGUUGCUGCUUGGAAAACGGUCGAACGUCAACGAAAACGAAAUCUACGAGAAUCUGACGCGGGUCAGUAACAACGCUCCUGUGCAAAUAAAUUGUCCCCUCAUCGACUGGACGGACGACGAUGUCGCAAGUUUCGUUGCGUCUCUCUCUUUACCUUAUUACGCGACAGGUGAAACUCAAUUGGCUCGGUAGGAAAUUGAUAACAAACGAGGAAAUCUGACGGGGGAUUCGCAACGUGAAUAAUCGCGCAUAAUUCGAAUCGAAUUUCGUAAUUAUUCGUCCAUGGUCAUCGCAUUGCAAUAAAUAACCGUGCAUACAAUAAAGAGGAGAAUAAAGUUUGAAAAUAGCUUCCAUAUUCGAAGCUCUUUUAUACCGUGGAUUUUUAACCGUCUUAACGCUUUGUCAACAUAA